AUGGUCGGACCACCUGUUCGGGAGCGAUACAAUGCCAAAGCCAGAGGAUCAGUAGCGGGCGGAUCAAGUCACAAGAAGCGUAAGAGGGCGAAGAAGAAUGAUGAUGACGGUGAUGCGCCAAAUGACAUGGCAGAGGGAAGUAGUAGUACAGUAGUGGAAGAUCCUACAGCUGGAAUGUCAUCUAAGAAGAGGAAAAGGUUCGAAUCAUUCAUGGCAAAGAAAGUGAAGACCGAACAACGAUUGGAGACUCUUAAAUUACUCGCAUCCCUCGCACCAUCCGGAUCUACCUCGGCAUCUUUACUGUCUUCAUCUACACUAGGCCAGAAUCCUUUGAACCCUACGAGUGCCCAGGAAAGGCAUGAUAAGAAGGAAGAUAAGCUGGUCAGACAGGGGAUAAGUAAAUUGGCGAAGAAGUUUGGUGAAAAUCAGGAUGAUGGAAAUGAUAGCUCAGCCGAUGAUGACGACAACCAGAUGCAUAACAAGAACAAGGGGAAAGGAAAGCAGAAGGAGUGGAUGAUUGAGAUUAUUAGAGAUCCCGAAAUGAAUGAGGGAAACGAAGAAGAUCAAGUGAACUCAACGGUGAUCCCCAGUAGAAGCGAUUUGAAAGCUCAGGCUAAAGCUCAGGCGAAAGGGAAAGGAAAGGGCAAGAUGCCCAAGAAGGCAAAUUGGAAUCCCAAUUUGCUCCAUACUCAACCCGCUUCAUCCUCUUCAUCAGAAUUUGAUUCUUCCGACUCUACAAAUGACACCUCCGAAGAUGAGGUUGACGACAAUCAAACGCAGCAAGAAACUCAACCUGAAGCUGGCCCCUCGUCUCCGACCAAGCUGGAGACGCCAAAUCCCCCUCCUGCGCCUGUGUCUUUUGGCGGCGCGUUGAAGAAGGCUACCGAUGGAGCAGCGGUACAGCCAAGGGUGGAAGUGAGAAAGAAGAAACCUAUUAUCGAUUAUCGGUUCUCAAGAGGGCUGAGAGAGGAGGAGGAUGAUUUGAAUGAAGAUGAGGAUGAAGACUCCGAUAUGGAAACUUCCGGAGAGGAAGAUGAAGAGGAAGACUUAACUUCUGGUGAAGAUGAAGAUCCAGGCUCUGAAGAUGGGAGUGAAGCUGAGGAAGAUGAUGAUGAUGACGACGACGACGAUGAAGAUGAAGAUGAAGGUGAAUAUGAAGUUGGCGACAUCAAAACUGAAGCAAAAGCACCGCCGAAAAAGCGUGCAUUAGGAUUCAAAGAUUGGGCACUGAAGCAGAUGGGACAAGCCACUCCGACUACCGCCCCCAACCUUCUCGAGAAGGACACCGCCUCCCCCACUAUCGCUAAACCAUUUCAACCCGUAUCAAAGCAUGCCGAGCUGGUCGGUCCUCUUGGUGAGAAGAUGAACAUACCUGCUACAUCUCUCUUGGAUCAAAGUAAAGGCAGUGAAAAUGCAACUGUGCGACCUGCAAUCAAGAGAAGGGAUUCCGUCACUGAGUCCAGGAUGAACCUUCCCAUCUUGGCAGAAGAACAAUCGAUAAUAGAGUCGAUCCUCAUGAAUCCCGUUGUGAUCAUCUGCGGUGAAACAGGAAGUGGUAAGACCACACAGGUACCACAGAUGCUGUACGAGGCUGGGUUCGGUUACAAAGGGUCAGACAAUCCUGGUAUGGUUGCUGUCACUCAGCCACGACGAGUGGCAGCUGUCUCUCUGGCUGAGCGAGUACGAUCAGAAUUGAACUUACCUCCUAAGUCGAGUAUAGUGGCUCAUCAAAUUCGAUAUUCAUCUACCACAUCUUCCACCACUUCUAUCAAGUUUAUGACUGACGGUGUACUCUUACGGGAACUUGCGUCGAACUUCCUGCUGAGUCGAUACAGCGUGGUUGUAGUUGACGAAGCACAUGAGAGAGGUGUGAAUACCGAUGUCUUAGUGGGGGUAUUGAGUAGAGUAGCUAAACUUAGAGAGAAGCUGUGGAGGGAAAAGAAAGAUCAAGAUAUCAAACCAUUACGAAUCGUCAUCAUGUCAGCUACCUUGAGAGUUUCUGAUUUCGCAGAAAACUCAGUUUUAUUCUCGAAACCACCACCCAUCCUACAUAUCACCGCCAGACAACAUCCCGUCACAAUUCAUUUCAGCCGCAGAACAGUUAGUGAUUAUGUUACCGAAGCGUACAAGAAGAUAUGCAAGAUACAUAAUAGAUUACCUCAGGGUGGUAUCCUCGUCUUCAUGACUGGACAGAGUGAGAUUCAGGGUUUGUGCAGGAUACUGGAAAAGAAAUAUAAUCAGAAUAAGAAUAAAUCGAAGAUACAGCAUCAAGAGAAACCCGAAGUGACUUUACCUGUUGAAGAACGAGAGACCGAAGAUGUUGAACUGGGAGGCGACAACGACUUAGCAGCUGAUGUCGACGAUGGGAAUGCGGAAAGUGAUCCAGAGGGUUUAGAUACAGAUGAGGAGGACAUCGAGGGCAUAGAAGGCCUGGAGAUAGAUGAGGCUACGGAUGCCCCCAUGCACGUUCUCCCCUUAUAUUCCCUUCUCUCCAACGAACAGCAAAUGCAGGUUUUCAAACCUCCACCUGAAGGUCAUCGACUAGUCAUCAUCUCUACCAAUGUCGCUGAGACUUCCUUGACUAUACCUGGUAUACGAUACGUGGUAGAUUCCGGUCGAGCCAAAGAAAGGCAUUACGAUCCUUCUACGGGUGUACAGUCAUUCCAGGUCUCCUGGAUAUCCAAGGCCUCUUCGUCCCAAAGAGCAGGUCGAGCAGGUCGUACAGGUCCAGGACACUGUUAUCGUCUAUACUCCUCAGCACUGUACGAAGAUCAUUUCGAGCAAUUCUCGAAACCUGAAAUACUCCGAAUGCCAAUCGAAGGUGUGGUAUUGCAAAUGAAGAGUAUGAAUAUCGACCAAGUGAUCAAUUUCCCUUUCCCAACUCCACCUGAUCGAUUCGCUCUCAAAAAGGCAGAAGAUCUAUUGACGAAUUUAGGAGCGUUGGAAAGGUCUACGCAAACUAGGAUGAUAGCUGGUCAAACUAGAUUAGGAGUCGAAGGUGGCAAAAUAACUGAUCUAGGUAUAAAGAUGUCAAGUUACCCUGUUACACCUAGAUUUGCAAAGAUGUUAAUUAUAGGUGAACAACAUGGGUGUUUACCUUAUAUCAUUGCGAUAGUCGCUGGGCUGAGUGUGGGAGAUCCGUUCGUACAUGAGAAUGCGAUUGAGAUAGAUGAAGAGGAAGAUCAAGGAAAUCCGGAAUUCUCACAUAUAACGGAUGAGGAAGUGAAAGAGAAGGAGGAAAGGAAAGAAACGAGAAAGAGGUUCUUCAAAGCUCAGCAGCAAUUUACUGCAUUAGGUGGCGGGACAAGCGAUAUGUUCAAGUUGUUAUCGGCUGUAGGAGCAUACGAGUAUGACCCUUCCUCGACUUUUUGUACAAAGAACUUCCUCCGUCUGAAGGCAAUGCAAGAAAUUCAUCAGUUACGAAAUCAGAUAUCUGCCAUCGCGAAAAUACCUUUAGGCAAACUGCUGCCACCUAAUGACACUCAGCUCAAAGUAAUUCGUCAAAUCCUCACAGCAGGAUUCAUCGACCAAGUGGCCGUUCGGGAAGACCUCGUCUUGAAAAAAGGUGGAUCAUACGAAUCCACCCGUGGAGUCAAAUACCGAGUUAACGGCGUACCCUCGACGGAAAACGUGUUUAUACACCCUUCAUCAACUUUGUUCCAUCGAUCACCACCUGAUUAUCUAGUUUUCACUGAACUGAUCCGCAGUCCAGGUGGUAAAACGUGGUUGAAGGGAAUAACCAAGAUUAAUCCAAAUUGGUUAUCUAACCUAGGCAAAAAUCUAUGUAGUUUCUCUAAACCUCAGGAAUUGCCUGGAAAUAGAACUAAGAUAAUUAAGAAUAAAGAUGGUACCGAGGAGAGGGAGGUAUAUGUUACUCCGCAUUUUAGGGAUUUGGGGGUGGAUUUGCCGGUUAUGAAGAUGAGGCAGAGAAAGGAGGGGACGAGGUGGGUGUUGAUCGAGUAG